AUGUCAGAUAAUCCUUCAUCGCCGUUGCUUGGCAGCGCGGACAGACCUCGAUCAAAUCACUCACAUUACUCCGACGAGUCUCACGAGGACACGCCUUUAUUAUCACGAUCUGACCAUGCUCCUCGGUAUGACGGUGUGGAAGAUCAAGACGAGGAUGAAGAAAUAAUACCCUCGCCAGCAGCGACAUCGUUGCGAUCGUUACAGAAUGGCCACGGAUCCACGAUGUCCACCAAGGGUGGCCGACGUUGGCCAACUGCUGUCGCAAUCGGAGUUCUGGGGUUGUUAGUCUUAGGAAUAAUUGCUGGCGCGUUCUUUGCUCCAGCAGUUGUCGAAGAAUACACCAAAGAGGCUCUAGUUAUCGAGCCUACAAAUUUGUCGAUAGAUUCCUUCACCUCAAACGGCGUCAAGGCGAGGGUGCAAGCAUCAUUCAGAAUGGACGCGUCGAGAGUCAAGAACAAGCAUGUGAGAAAUAUUGGGCGUUUUGGUACAUGGAUUGCUCGUGCGGUCGAGAGCCAGGAGUCGAAAGUGGAGGUUUCUCUACCGGAAUAUGGCAACAUUCUAGUUGGUACCGCUGCUGUACCACGCGUUAUUGUUGACAUUCGAAAUGGGCAUACGACUGCCGUCGAUUUCCUCACGGACUUGGAGCCUGGCGACAUGGAGGGAAUUCGUCAAGUUGCCAACGACUGGCUGGAGGGUCGCUUGGAUCAAAUCAGAGUGGUGGGCAAAGCCGACGUUGGAUUGAAAUCGGGCUUGAUUCCUCUUGGAACUCAAAGCAUCUCUAAAUCACUGGUUUUUGAAGGCAACGAUCUUCCGGCCAUCCCCGAGUACAAUAUUACCCGCCUUAAUUUCCGGGAAGUUCCCAUCGAUACUUCGGGACGUCGUGGUAUGGCUGCAGAUGUAUCAUUAUCUGUGGUAAACAGCUACCCGAUCAAGCUCACGAUACCACCUCUUGGAUUCAAUAUCCUUGUUCCGAACUGUAACGAUAAUGAUCCAUAUAUUCGGCUUGCCGAUGCUACAACGGCACCUGUCGAUGUCGAGCCUUACUCGGAUGCGGUUGUUGAUGUUGGAGGCAUUGUCAGAGAACUGCCUCAAGAUCUUCUGCAGACAUGUCCACAUUCUAAGUCGUCGCCCCUUGAUCUUUUGCUCGGAGACUACAUCCGUGGCAACGAUACCACAAUAUUUGUACAGGGUUCGAAUCCACCAGAUAGUGACACUCCUGAUUGGAUCAUGAAGAUCAUCUCAAGUAUCACUGUACCAGUUCCAUUUCCGGGCCAUACAUUCGAAGGUCUGAUCAGAAACUUCUCCUUGACUGAUACACACUUCACCCUCCCGGAUCCAUGGGCCGAGCCAGGAAGCGACGAAUCAAACCCUCAGAUUUCUGCCAACAUCGUUGUCAUUGCCGGAUUACCCAAAGAGAUGAAUUUUGGCAUCAAUGUGACCGCUGUUAAUGCCACUGCCGACGUAUUCUACAAGGGAGAGAAGCUUGGCGAGCUAAAUUUGAAAAAAUGGCAAUCCGCUGAAUCCGAACGAAUUGAGUCAGACAAUGAAGCCCAGCUUAGAAUCACAUCCCGGAUAGAGGACGUGCCUUUGAACAUCACGGACGAUGAUGUGUUUACGGACGUACUUUCAGCACUCAUGUUUGGUGGCAAGACCGUUAUGCUUAGGAUGGAGGCUCUUGUUGACGUUACACUUUCCACCGUCCUUGGGGAGCUGGUAAUCAAAGAGAUGCCUGCGGAGGGAGUCGUUCCUGUCAAACCGAUCUCUCCAGGCGGUGGCUUUAGCAAUCUGAAGCCAAGAAUUGGCGAGCUGAAAGUCUUGAGCACUAGCAAGACUUCUAUCAACCUCCAAGCACACGUCAACUUCACCAAUCCGACCGAAUACACGGCGCACAUCCCAUUUGUCAAUAUCCACAUCCUCAACAAUGGCUCUAUCAUUGGCGACGCAACAGUCCAGAACGUCGACGUAAAACAGGGCAACAACACAAAUAUCCUCGUCCAGGCGACGUGGGAUCCGACAACCUUUGGUGGAGAGGAAGGAGCAAAGAUUGGACGCGAAUUGUUGUCCCAAUAUAUCUCUGGCUUCAACACGACCCUGACAUUCCAAACUCACGAGGGAUCCAUUCCCAAUCAGCCCGCAUUGGGCAAAGCACUUAGUAAAUUCUUGAUCGAGAUACCUGCACCAAAGCUGUCCGACCCUAGCACUGGUGAUGACAGGGACGACGACGACGAUAGGGACUCCAAACCUCACUUCAUUAACAGCGCAGUUUUCCACUUAUUCUCCUCGACUGCGGUCUUCACACUGCUUUCGCCUCUCCAAUACAGCACGUUUUAUAUCGAGAAUGUAAAUGCUACGGCUUUUUACAAUCAUACUGAGCCUGUAGGCUAUAUCGACUACGAUCUUCCCUUCAAGGUACCACCAGGAACCAGCCAGAGCCCGAAAUUGCCAGUGGACUGGUCAAUGGACUCUAUUGGUUAUGAGAAACUUAAGAAGGCACUAGGUGGUGAAUUGAAACUUGAUGCAUCAGGCACAGUUGUGGUGAGACUUGGCCAGUGGCGCGAGGAGGUGUGGUAUGUCGGUUCUGGCAUUGGCGCGAGCGUCACACUUUGA